AACUUGGACGGUACUUUCUCUAUAUCGACCUGAAACCUAUUACUUCAAUACGACAAUACCUGUAUAAAAUAAAUCUUCUUUCUUUGAGAAAAAAAAUCAAAUCAGUUUUGUUUUAAAGAGCAUUCGAUAUGAACGACGUAAGUUCUGAUAUCUCCACUAAAAUUCCUGCUAUGGCUUCAACAGAGGUCGAUGAACAUGAUCAUGUACCUGUUCAUGACGUCUUCGAGAUGGAAUCGCUUCGUUCCGAAUUGCCCAAUAAACUUAAACUUGAUGUCAACUACAGGCUCUCAAAUCGAUUUGAUUGGACUCGGUUUCAGAAUGGAUCGACUCCUCUAACUCCAGGAGAAAAAAGGGAAAUUCUCAAGUUCUAUCUUGGUCGACAUGGACGGUUCAAAGUGCGCACGGGGACCAGACUCAUACCAUUACCAAAGAGAUCUAAAGUUGUCUCUUCCCAUGGUUUCAAUUCUGAUUAAUUGUUGCUUAUGUUUCUCUAAUUUGAUCUGAAUGGUGGUUUCGUUAUAUGUAAUGAUCUUACUUUAGAUUGUCACAUUAAUAAAAUUUCGUUCUCCUAUGUA